AUGGCUUUCUUCAUUGCAUACACCGCAGACGGCGGAGGGUACGUUAUAGUUCCACGUUCAGUGGACCCAUUCAAAGAACUCGGCUUGUCGCCUGGGGCGUCGGCACGGGCUACCGAAGAUGCGUACAAGGCACGCGCUAACUUUCCCCGCCGUCAGGACCGAGUGCUAGCCUCUCUGGCGUACCACAUGCUCACCUCAGUCGACGGGCGCUACACGAGGCGUGGUCGACAGUACGAGAUCAGGAAUUUGGAGGACCAGUUCUAUCUGGCCGCUGCAGGACACACCAAACUCCUCCUAAAACGAGGCUCUCUUUCCAAGACCGAUGAGCAUGGCCGUACGUCCCUCUACAUCGCCGCUCGCAGCGGCUUCUACGAUACGACCAAGGCCCUGCUAGAAAAGGGAGCACCGGUCAACCAGGUACAGGAAGACGGGAGCACGCCGCUUCACGGUUCAGCCUGCUACGGCCAAGUUCUCGUGGUAAAGUUACUGCUGUCCUACGGGGCAGACCCUCAUCAUCGAAACAAAUGGGGUCGCACUGCAGCAGAUGAAUCAAGUGUUUCGGAAAUAAGGAGACUUGUAACAAACUACAAUGAGGACAAAAUUGCAGCACUCGCCAGGUCUUUCAUAAGUAUGGGUCUGGCCACUAAGCUCUAUAAUAUGCAUGAUAGCAGGGGCGUCGAGAUUGGUCGUAAAAUUGUCCGAAAUUACCAAACGAUUCCCUCCAUGACGAAACAGGAGUGGGACGAGAAGCUCUGUAGGUGGGAGUCCUGCUGGCAUGGAACGAAAUCGCAGUACCUCGAGUCCAUUCUGCGACACGGACUGCUCCCCAGUGGAGCCAGAGUUGGCGAUCACACCAUCACCCCACCCACCAACCACAUCCGUCUCGGGAAAAGCUGCUUCGAUAAAGACAACUGGGCAGCUGCAAUUUUCGUGUCUCCCAGUGUUCUCUAUGCCUCCGAUGCUUGCUAUGCUGAGCUACUGAUGUCAGGCGGGGAGAACUGGAGAGUGGUUUUGAGGGCACGCAUCAAGCCCAACUCGUACAGUGAACAUAGUUCGACGCUUCUCUCCAAGCACGCUCCAGUGGCAGGCGAACCUGAAAACUCUGAAUAUCGCAUUGCAUCGACUGAAGAAGACACGAUUCGAAGAGUUGAAGGAUCUCGUCACGUGAUUGUCACGUCUGUCACGUUUAUUAAAGCAAGUGUUUUGGAGGAUGCAAGAAACAUGAACUAUGACAGUUUGUUAGCCCAUUUUGGAGAAGUUUGA